AAAUGGUUUGUCACUUUGUUAGGAAAAGACUGGGGAUUUUGUGUUUUAAAUUGUUUACUUUUCAUCGUUAAGUUAUUGGAUUAGUCUAACUCUAUGGGAUUAGUGCUACUGUGUAAUGAGUAUAGUGAGACUAAAUUGCUCUAUGAUAGUAAAUAUAAUAUGAUAUAAAAACAAUUUAGUUUUUAUGUAAAUUAAACGUUUAAGUAAAGUAUAGAUUUGAAGCUAUUGACUGAUGACACGUCACGCAAGAAAUUGCACUGCAGGGGCUGUGUAUACAUAUCAUGAAAAGAAAAAAGAUGCUCAAGCUUCAGGAUAUGGCACAAAUACCCAACGUAUAGGUAAAGAUUCGGUAAAAGAUUUUGAUUGUUGUUGUCUCACGCUUCAACCUUGUAGGAACCCCGUUGUCACGAAAGAUGGCUUUUUAUUCGAUAAAGAGGCCAUACUUGAAUAUAUUUGCUCCAAGAAGGUUGAUUAUGUGACAAAGUUGAAGGAGUACGAAAGGCAGAAGAAGAAAGAGAAGAAUGAAUUGGCUGAGUUGGCAGAAGCUGAAAAAGAGUCUAAGCUUCAAAACUUUCUCAAAACUGAAAAGAAUAUUGUUAGCACUCCAGUAAGAGCAUUUAAUCCAGGAACCUCAGCGAAUGAGGAACAGUCCGUCUCCAACAUGGCCAAUGGGCGUGACAAGCAUUUACCAAGUUUUUGGAUUCCAUCUAAAACACCAGAGGCUGAAGGGAAAAAGCUGCAGAAGCCUGAUAAAACUGUCUACUGCCCUGUUAGUGGUCUGCCAUUGAAGGCCAAAGAUCUCGUAGAAGUUAAGUUCACUCUCGUGAACGACCCAGACGACAAGCGAGCCAUCGUGGUGAAAACCAAUCGCUACAUGUGUCCGGUGACACAUGACAUCCUGAGCAAUUCCGUGCCGUGCGCGGUCCUAAGAACCACGGGUGACGUGGUGACCUUGGAGUGUGUGGAGAAGAUCAUCAAGAAAGACUGGCUGCACCCGCUGACUGGGGAAAAGCUGACAGAAAAAGAUGUGAUUACACUUCAGAGGGGUGGCACGGGCUACGCGAUCACAAAUAACAACCUGGAGGGGAAACAUGAAAGGCCAGUUCUUCAAGCCUGAAGAAAGUUGUUACACAUAGCCAUGUAUAUUUUAUCACUGAUAUAUGUUCAUAAAAUAUUGUUUGAUAAGAUAAAAAAAAAUGGAAAUAUUUAGAGAUGCAUACUGCAUUUAAAUGCAGUAUUUAGACAGACUGGAAUGAAUGGUAUAGAUUUAUUAUUCUUUAUGAAGAGUCAUUUAAAGUUGUGAUGACAAAUGUGUUUCCAAAUAGUUUUCUGUACAUAUAAUUAAAAAUAAUGUUAUAAUUUAAGAAGUAUAAAAGUUGCAAUUAUAUUAAAACAACAAAUUUUGUUGUAAAUUUUUUGAAUGUAAAAAAAAAAUGUGGUUUGAAACACAAAAAUAAACACAAUCUAAUUUCUGUUCUCUGAUCCCUCUGGGAAGCUGUCCUAUCUAGCAAAACUUCACAUUGCAUAUAAGUGUAUUUUCUUUGUGUGUUUAUAUGUCUGCAUGUACCAGUCUGUUAGUACUUGUAUGCCUGUCUUGUUUAUUUACAAUUAAGAGAGUAAAGUUACAGAGUUAAAAUGUUUCUGAGUUAUCUUCUAUUAAAAUGACACAGUAACACUGUUCGAUAAGCGUGGUUUUGAAGUAAUGACGCUAAUAAUUACGGCAUAAUUUGAAGUAGUGCGGUCAUAGAUUCAGAAUAGUACUGUUUUCUUUUAUGUGAAUUUUUAUUUCCUUGCCCACACAAUGGCAAUAGCACUUGUAUAGCAAUAAAUACAAUGCAAUGAAAUAAUAAUACAACAAAUCAACUAAUAAUAUUUUACUCAUUCCUUAAUAGCUAUAAGCUUCCUUCAGUGCGUGUUUAUCUUCGAUGACACCUGUAUGUUCAGUGUUUAGUCAACGUUUGUUUUACACCUGCAUAUCAGCAACAGCACUGGAUAGUAAAGCUAGAAUCUUUCAGGGAUAAUUUACCUCGCGCCUACUAGGAUGUGCUUGUGCAAAAGUGCCAGUGGCAAAUCAUCGCAGACGUGCAUUUGGUAAACAAUAGAGUCAGGAAUUAUGUUAUCAGGUUUAAAAAUCUUUUUAAUAAUAGAAAACAUUAGGUCUAAGCUUUUUUAAUUCUUAUUAAAACUGAAAUAUUUCUACUAUGAUGAUAACAUUAUUAUUUCGUAAUUCAGAAAUGUUAGCUCCUGCUUAAGAAGGUUAUGCCCAAGCAUUAUUGUGUAAACCUUUGUGGUACGUAACAUUUUUAAAUUUAAUUUUUGUUGAUUUAGUCUCAAAAUGUUAUUCAAUAUUUAUUUCAAUGUACUUUAAGUGUGUUCAAACAUAUAUUUGUACUGUAAAUUAAUUUUAACAGGAGCAGUGUCGUGAUUAAAAUGGUAGUCAGCAGGCGCACUUACCUGAUUAAAAAACAAAAUAUUGGUACAAUUAAAUAAAAAUCAUUGAAGUCUAAAUUUGUUAAGAGUAAGUAAAGUUCAAAAGUAAAUUUUGUACCUACAUCGUGGUUAAGUAUUUUUAAACUCUGUAAAAUUUCUUUGUUUUUCAUGGUUUGGUUCAAAGUUCUGUUGGCUUGAUACAAGUAUCUGUAGCUGAAUCCAAAAUUUUAAUUUCAAAUUUUAUUGUGAUUUAAAUUCAUUCUAAACAUUUGGAAUUCAAAUCAAAUUUGAAUUGAUGUUACAUACAGUAGAACCUCACAUAUCCGACCAUGGCGGGACCGGGCCAUGGUCGGAACGGCCAAAAGGUUGGAUAUCCGUAGGAGCAAAAAAUAUAUAUAUACCCCUUUCCCAGCUAUACAGUAUGUAUAGUAAUACAACUUUAUUUGUAAAAAAUGUUACUGUAUACAUUUAAAACAUUUACUUUUGUUAAAUUAUAAAUGAGAAGAUGAAUACAAUGUAAGCAUACCUUAUUUAAAGGAUUCAGUAAUGUAUUUUUAGUUUCAGUUUUGCCUAAUUUUGAUUUUGCGGAAGUGUCUCUCCACUUUUUUUUGCCCACAAUACAUUACGUUACGUUAAAAAAAAAACAUAGAACAGUACAAGAUUAUAGUACGAGCACAUUCUACACCAACAAUCACGGCUGAACUGACAGUUUGAGACACGGAAACAUGUAGAUGCGUCACAUUUUCAAGUCUGAACAGGCUCGCCAACCACGCAGACUAGGUCGGAUAUCCGGAGGAGUCGGUUGUGGGAAGGUCGGAUAUGAGGGGUCCUACUGUAUUUGAAAUUCAAAUUGUUUUAUUUUUUUUUUUAUUUAGGUACUAAAAAGAUAUCUCAAUUUGGGAGAUAGAGAAUUUUACAAACCUACUAUAGACAUUGUUUAUAUAAAUUAAAAUCGCAAUUUUAUAUCAUAUAGUAUAUAAGUACAUUAGGUAUUAAGAUUAUUAUAAUAGGUAGAGGAAAAGGUUUACAAGAGAAAGAAUUUCUCACAUUUUGAAAUGUUAAGGUCUAUUCUACAUUGAUUGCCCUUCAAUGAUUAGGUUUUAUGCAAGAAUAAAAAGUUUUUUUUUUUUUUUUAAUUUUAUUUAAAAAAAAAAAAAGAAUAACAGGUUAUUUCAAGAAAUUGUAGUUGCUUACUAUUUUAAAUUUUCACUCGGAACUGCACUCUUGCAUCUCUCCAUCAGAUUUUCCCUUCUGGCUACUCUUAACUUUAAUAACAAAAACUUCUUAGCUGAAAAUCCUAUGUGUAUAUUAAAUUGCGGUGAGUUUAGGUUCCCUGUAAGCUUAUGGGUUGAAGAUCAAAUUUUUAAAACCGGUUUUAUAAGUUUUAAUAAAAAACUGCUUUUGUAAGACCAUAUGAUUUUUUUCUUUGCUGAAGAUCAAAUUUUUUAAACCUGUUUUAUAAGUUUUAAUAAAAAAGUGCUUUUGUAAGACCAUAUAAUUUUUUUCCUUGCUCCAAGCAUUCGUUUUCAAUAGCCAGUGAACAUUAUCAUGUAGCCUAUGCCUUUAUUGCUGUUGGAAAUUGUGAGAUAGAAAUUAUGUCCUCUAGUACUCAUGCUCACUGCCAAAUAAGUGUGAUGCAUCUGUGAUCAUGGUUACCUGGAACCCUUAAUACCUUAACCCUAAAAGUUUAGUGCGUAGAAAUAGAAAGUCCUCUAUAAUUAAUCUUGUUAAUUUAUUAAAGUAUGAAUGCAGUAUUUAAAUGUUCAGGGUGUGUGCUAGCAGGAGCGUACACAGAAUUUCAUUUCGGGAGGGUGGGGAGAUAGAUCCAGUUUGGCCGCUGUUUGGUUUCAAAUUCUUUCCCUUUGUUGGUAGGAAUCUCUCAUACACACACACACACACACACACACACACACACACAUACACACAUAUAUAUGCACUUGUAUAUAUAUGUAUGUGUAUAUGUAUGUAUAUCUAUGGCAAUUUUAGAUAAAUAACUUUUGCCCCUCUAAAUUGGUUUUACAAACAAGCCCGUAUAGAAAACCAUUUUACCAAAAAAAAAUUGCCCUAAUAGAAAUGACCAUAAAUUAGCUGAAUUGAUAGCCCUCGUAGGAAAACGAUUAAACACUUGCUUUAGUAAUGUUUUCAUAGUGGUUUUACGUGAAAGAAGAUUAAAUAGAUAGUAGUAGGUAUCCAUAUAAUAUGUGACCAUACUAAUUUGAACCCUCAACUUCCAAGUGGCAGAUCUGGUUAUCUCAUAAGGCGUACCUAUUAAUUGAUGCUACUAAUUUGUGAACAACUUCAGUAGUGCAACUGUCGGUGGAAUAUUAUUGGAACUUCUGUAAGUAUUGCAUGUAUAAUUUGUGUGUGUAUUAAUUUCAGUAUAAUCAAUUGGUCUUAAAUGUUUGGCUGGAGUGUUAUGGAAUAUAUAUUGUGCAUGCUUA